UUAUGGAAUUUCUGAAUGAGAAAUUUUCCAUGAAAAGCCAGCCAGUUAAAAACAGUGAUUUCUAUAUGGGUUCAGGAGGCACUUUGGAACACGUUAUGGAAAGUUUAGACAGCGUACCCUUUUAUAACAAGACCUCACCCAAGUGCGUGCAGGCCUAUAAUCUUCAAAGUAAUGAUCAUCAAGGAAGACUGGAAAGAGCAUCAACAUGUGAGGACCAAAACUCAAGUUAUGGAUUUGCGAAAUCAGACGGGAACACUCUCCACACAGAACUCAGCAAGUCCUUGGACAGUUGUUGCAGCUUGAAAGUGUCACCAGCAACACCAGGAGGACAAGACAAAGUAGACCUGCAGGACAUGAGUGAAAAGUGUGACAGCAACGUGUCGAGCAGCAAGAAGAGGAGACACAGGACAACAUUCACCAGUAUACAGCUGGAAGAACUGGAGAAAGUGUUUCAGAAAACCCAUUAUCCAGACGUGUACGUGAGGGAGCAGUUAGCGAUGAGGACAGAACUUACCGAAGCUAGAGUGCAGGUCUGGUUUCAAAACAGAAGAGCCAAAUGGAGGAAAAGAGAACGCUAUGGCCAGAUCCAGCAGGCAAAAAGUCACUUUGCGGCUACCUACGAUAUAUCAGUUUUGCCGAGGGCAGACAGUUAUUCACAGAUUCAGAACAAUUUGUGGACCACUCCUUCAAGUGGUUCAGUGGUUUCUUCGUGCAUGAUCCCCCGAGACACCUCCACGUGCAUGGCGUCCUAUCCUCAUUCACCACGAAGUGAUCAUGGUUACGUUGGUUUCACUAGCCAGCAAAACCAGUUUAGCCACGUCUCCCUCAAUAACUUUUUUACGGACUCUUUACUCUCGGCAACCCCAAAUGGACAUGCUUUUGAAACAAAACCGGAGUUUGAGCGGAGGUCGUCUAGCAUUGCUGUUCUUCGAAUGAAAGCAAAGGAGCACACUGCUAACAUUUCAUGGGCUAUGUAAUAAUAAUAAUAAUAAUAAUAAUAAUAAUAAUAAUAAUAAUAAUAAUAAUGUGAGGUGUUCCCUAACCUGUUUAAUACAACCAACUGCUGUAUUGUGGAUUGUACAAUGAAAACAUCUCAAGGACAUCAGCAACAAACUUUUAUUGCUUGGUGGAGGUGGGGGGGGGGUUGUCAAAUAUGCAUUUUUAAAAGCUAUAAAAUGUUAUAUCAUGUUUCAGAGCAGAUGCCAGAAGGUAACCAAUAAAAGCAACAUCAGAUAAAAUAAGUCUUUUUGGAUCAUUUGAAUGGAUAGCCUAUGCAGGUUCUGAUAGGAAUCCAAGACCAUCGAUGUUCCUGUGAUAAAAGCAUUGCUUUUAUACUUGCUGAUCAAUACAUUACACCAAACAAGGUUAUAAGGUACUGUACCAAGCUCACAUCUUUGAGGUAAUAAAUAAACAAAUACAAAUACAUUUUUUAGGGUGAACUGGGCUUUAAUGGGAUCUAAAUACAGGUUCUUUAAGUUCAGGACUUGUGUAACUAGUUAUGUGUGCCUUGUAGCAAACUCCCUUUCCCCAUAACAUUCCAUUUCUGGUUUUGUGCAUUCUUUGCCAAUUUCUACAAUGCUUUAGCAUGAAAAAUAACAGUCUUUUUUUUUUAAAUAAACAAUAAUAAAAAACUAUAAUACAUCUUGCAUUCAAUCAUUUAUAUGUUUUCAUCCUGCACAUAUAUCACAAACAUUAAUUUACCCACACAUGUUUUAGUUGCAUGUAUGUCAUCACCCUUUGUUACAUUAUUGGAUUGUAUAGAAUAUAAUUGUUCAGAACAUUCCAAUCUUUAAAAAAAAAAAAAAAUCCACAGGGUUUCUACCUGGAGAUGUCAGUAGGAUAAUAGGAAGGAUUAAUAAAAUUAGGAGCACUCCCUAAAAAGUAAUGUGUUAAUUUAGAGGUCUGUUGUAUAUUUGGGCAACCUGAACUCUUUCCACUGGAAAUAGAAAUGGAAAAACAGAAAUACUGCAUAUUUAAGCUAGCAAACCACAAAUGAACACAUGCACUCCAUCCAUUGUAAAGUUUCUUCACAUACAUAUAGCCUUAAACACCAGUUAUACAAUCGUUUGUUAAGUGUUAGCUUGUAUUCCUGUAGCAAAAUGUGGUAAUGCCAUGGAAACAAUACACAAUUAGCAGUAUGAUUUAUUCUUCACAACAAAACGCAUUUGUGCAUACAGUUAGUAUUAUGAUGAAAUGUUGAAAAUAAACCACUGUUAAUAUUUUGAGACCUGUAACUGCAUGAAUACCAGGUCUUCCAUAUUGCAGCGCUGAGUCAGUUUAAAUGACAGUGAUUUACUGUAGCUUAUUUCUGUUUUCUUGCAAUAUCUAAUUUGUUCCUUGGUUGGUACCUUCCAUACUAUAUAGAUCUUCUAGAUGACCAUAUAACAUUUUUCUCGUGCACAUUUUGCCUAAGGAUUUCAAUAGGACUGUUGCAUUUCCCUGACUUGAUUAACACUGUCCGCUUUAGUCUACCAGUUUGGUAUCCAUUGACACAUUCAAUACCUGAUGGUAGCUUUCAUUGUACUGGUAUUUACAGCAUCUUUAGGUCUUAUGCACUAAAAGGGAAGUUCAUGCUCAAAUACAUGUGUUAGGUAUUUUGUAGCUCAAUGAGUUCUUUGGAGAUUUCUAAAUUUCUAAACAGUGGUUCAAGUGAUAAGGACAGGGCCAUGUUCACAACCUUUUGUAAUGCCUGUCACCAAUUCAAAAAACAAUAAAUGGAUAUGCUGUUAUUUUUAUUAUUUACCAAGACAAAUGUGUUGAUUUAGACCUAGAUGUGUCUUUACUGGUAUUAAAAUAAGUGAUAUUAAACAAUACAUUAAAAAGUGGGUGUUAGUUAGCAAUAUGCUGUUGAUUUAUGAGAUCACUUACUUUUCAAAAGAAUGCAUUAGUAAGCUUUUCAUGGAAAUGUAUUAAGUUUUGUCACAAUCUCAUAUAAAUAUUUAUCCAUCAACAGGGGUUCACUAUUUACCGUAUAUAGGAGAAUACCUUUAUGGGCCCAGAAAUGUGAUUCAUACACACAAGCAGUUGACCUACUUUCCAAAGGACCCUUUGUAUUACUCAACAGUUAUUUUGUCCCAGUGAUAUUUAGUAUUACUUAAUUUGUUUCCUUCAUAUUUCAAACAAAGUAUAUUCUGAGAAAAUGAAAUAAAGAGUUUAAAGAAAGCAAUUGCCACAUCCAAUCUGCAUGUGUUAUUGCAUGGAGUGCACACCCAACAUGUAAAACAAGUGAGAUAAGCCUUUUGAUAGAAAUACAUUUAUGCUUAUUAUUGUGUUGUUUUUAUCACUUGAAUUAAACUUUUUUGUUAACCAUGGAUUCAAAAUACAU